UGUGUAUACACAGGUUACAGCAAUGAUGCAGUUCACAUUGACUCUCUGUAUCACUUGAUGACAUGCAUGCAGUGUUGAUAAGCAAUAUGGCUCCAUGAUUGCCACCAACUUAUCCAUUGACGGUGUACCCAUUGUUGGCAAGACUUUUGACCUCUGCUCUCUGGCGGGUGAGGAUGGUGUUCCCUGCCCUAUAUAGCUGUGGGACAACAUAAGCUCAAGAUAACCUGGACAGUGAAGGACAAACAAUCAUCAUGCAUACCAUUAUCUCAUUCUGUAUGCAGGAGAACUAUGUUGUGUAUGUGAUGAUGACUGAUAAGGAGCAAGAGGAUUGAAAGUAGUCUUUAGGCUGUAGUUUGCACAUGACUGUCAUGAAUAUUGUACAGUAGCAUUGUAAAUGAUUAUAAUUAAAUUUAGCCAUUAUGAAGACUGUCACAGUGUUAGUUUGCUUUUGUCUGCUUCUGGUGUCCUCAUCAGCAGCCAAACAGUUCAAUGUUGGAGACAUUUGGAAGGACUGCAGUAAGUCAGGGGAUGCAGUCAAGAUCAACUCAGUGACAAUAUCACCAGAGCAGCCAGAGAAAGGAGAGACAGUGUCAGUAGAGGCUGUCAUCACUGUACAGAACAACACCAUGAUCACUGGUGGGAAGAUCAAUGUAACUGCAUCAUUGGACAAUGUCCCAUUGUUGGAGAAGAUCUUUGACUUAUGCUCAGAGUCUUCUAUUAUUGGUGUCAACUGUCCCCUAACUUCUGGACAGCGUACCCUCUCUGCUAAGCCGACCAUCACUGACCUGGCCCCUCCUGGAAACUAUACUAUCCUUGCCAUCAUUGAAGACCAAAACAAACAAGAGGUGCUUUGCAUAAAAGCUGAUUUUAAACUCUAACUUAGCCUAUAAUUUGUUUAGUCCACAUGCAGUGUAAAUUGUUAUGGUGAUUUACUUUCACUUCAUAAAAAAAAAUUUUUUUUUUUA